AUGGCCAUUGAUACCCCACCUAAUGGUCUAAUGACUACUUUGUUGGUGUAUUUGAAUUGUCCUUUGACAAUUUAUGGUAGAGAUUUUGAGAUUAACUUAGUGUGUUUGCCUCUAAGUCAACUUGAUGUUACUCUAGGAAUGAAUUGGAUGGGGUUCAACCGUGUGUUUAUCAAUUAUUUUGAUAAAUCGGUGAAGUUUCUUGAAUCUAAGGAGAGUACGAAGUUGAGUUUCAUGACCGUGAGGCAGGAAGAGAUGUCCUUGAGAGAGAGUACUCAAGUGUUCAUGGUGUUCGCGUCCUUGAGUGAGGGAAGCGAGAGAAUGAUUACAAAUCUAUCUGUUAUGUGUGAUUUUCCUGAAGUAUUCCCAUAUGACAUUAGCAAUUUGCCACCACUGCUUAUGGGGGUGUUUUCUAUAAACUUAGUACCUGGUACUAGUCUUGUAUCGAUGGCUCAUUAUAGGAUGUCUACUUCAGAGUUGAGUGAGUUAAAGAAACAAUUAGAGGAUACUUGA